CUAAGGGUCUCGUUGGAAUUGUUGAUGCUGAGAUCCAGCGGAAUGUUCAACAUAGCAUUCUCAAUUUGGCCCGUCUGACUAUUUGGAUGUGUGUUGCUCUUGGUAUCUUUGUCGCACGUCAUUACGUCCAGCUGAACGGCACCCUGACAUGGCUUGACUUUCGGCAAGCUGUCAGUCUCAGGUCGCAGUUGCAACCCCGAAAUCUCGACCUCGCAGAGCCUCGCGGACCAGUCCAUGACGUGCCUCCCUCGUUCCCCUACCACUGCUGCGCGGGCAAAUAGACCACCAUGUUUUCCAACGCGCUGAAGUCGUUCCAGUCCAACAUCUCGGGCAACAUCUACGGCAACUACACCCUCGAGCCCAAGCCCUCGUCUUACUCCGGCCCGUGGAAGAUAUACGAUGCGAAGAAGAAGUCGACAGGCAAGGCCGUAUCGGUCUUCGUCUUCGAGAAGAAGUCGCUGGAGCCUCCUGGUGGCGCCGGGCUCGGUGGCCGCUCAGGCGCAUCGCAGCUGAAGCGCGCACAUGAGGAGGUAAUUGAGAGACUGAAGAAGGAAGCCAGCUCGCUAGCGCGGCUACGACAUCCCAGUGUUCUUGAGCUGGCUGAGCCGGUCGAGGAGACUCGCGGUGGAGGCUUAAUGUUUGCCACGGAGCCUGUGACUGCCUCCCUUGCCGGUCUGCUGCAGGAGAAGGACGAGCAAGAGAAGGCUGGAGGCGUGGGCGGUCGUCACAGCCGCUAUGUUAUUGAGGAGUCUGAUGGUCAGAAGCGCAGACGAGAGCUGGAGAUUGACGAGCUGGAGAUACAGAAGGGACUGCUGCAGAUCAGUAAAGGGCUGGAGUUUCUGCACGAAAGUGCUGGCUUGGUCCACGCCAAUUUGACGCCGGAAGCUAUCUUCAUCAACGCCAAAUCGGAUUGGAAGAUCUCAGGUCUCGGGUUUUCAACUCCUCCCGGAAAUUCGACGAAGCCAACCUCUGUGACGCCCAUAUCCCUUUCCGAGGCCCUAAACUACGACGCUCGACUGCCUAAAUAUGUUCAGCUCAAUAUGGAUUACACAUCCCCAGACUUCAUCAUGGAUGGCAACGUAACGCCAGCGGCAGAUAUGUUCAGUCUCGGUCUCUUAAUCAUUGCUUUGUACAACUCGCCCCAUCGAAGUCCACUCGAGUACAACGGCAGCACAUCGUCCUACAAGCGAGCCUUUUCGUCAUCGUCGUCGGUACCGAACAAGAACAACAAUUUCAUGAGCUCGCAACCACUACCUCGAGACGUCGCCAACGGCGUACUAGAUCGACUCAUCACACGGCGACCAGCGCAGCGCUUGGACGCGAAAGAGUUUCAGCAGGCACAGUACUUCGACAACAUCCUCGUCUCGACGAUACGAUUCCUCGACUCCUUGCCUGCAAAGACACCAAACGAGAAGUCGCAGUUCAUGCGCGGAUUGCCACGGAUCCUGAGCCAGUUUCCGAAAUCGGUGCUAGAGAAGAAGAUCCUGCCAGCGCUGCUCGAGGAGAUGAAAGACCGCGAACUGCUGACGUUGAUCUUGCAGAAUGUUUUCAAGAUCAUCACCAUGCUUCCGUCAGGCAAGCGGGCGUUUACUGAGAAGGUCAUACCAAAGCUUCGCGAAACAUUCUUGGCCGGGGUUGCUGCGACUGCAAAUGCAAAGGGUGCGGCUCCAGAGCGUGACAGCAUGAAAGAGGCAGGUCUGAUGGUGCUACUCGAGAACAUCCAAGUCGCAGCAGACAACACAGGUGGGAAGGAUUUCAAAGACGAUAUACUGCCGGUCAUCAAUUACGCCUUAGAGUCGCCGACACAUUCGCUGGUCGAUGCAGCAUUACGAACACUUCCCGUUGUUUUACCGAUCCUCGACUUCUCAACGACUAAGAACGAGCUAUUCCCUGUCAUUGCAACGAUCUUUGCAAAGACCAGCAGUAUGGGCAUUAAGAUCCGUGGAUUGGAAGCAUUGAAGACGCUCUGCGGUGGUGGUAAUGGCGACCAGAACGCCUACCAAGGCGAUGGUCUGACUGGCAUGGUCGAGGCACCGAAGGCGAAAAGCUCUAACGUGUCUAUUUUGGAUAAGUAUACAAUACAGGAGAAAGUUGUGCCGCUACUCAGGGGUAUUAAGACAAAGGAGCCUGCGGUGAUGAUGGCCGCGCAUGAUGUCUUCAAGGCAAUCGCACCUCAAGUCGAUUGUGACUUCCUGGCCAUGGACAUUCUUCCCAUAUUGUGGCAAUUCAGCUUGGGUCCGUUACUCAACCUACCACAGUUCCAGGCCUACAUGACACUGAUCAAAUCUACUUCGUCGCGCAUCGAGCAAGAGCAGACAAGAAAGCUACAGGAACUUGGUGCCAACAACGCGACUGCGACCACACGCAACGAAUUCAUGAGCUUCGGUGGCCCGCCUGCAUUGAAUGGUUUCGACGCCACGAAUGGUGGUGACGGCACAACUUUUGAACUUUUGGUGCGAGGCAACGCGGGCGCAACUGGCGGUUCAGAUAUGCUUGGGGGUGACCCAUGGGUCAAUGCCUCCGUGAACGCUUCUGCCUCUUCUUCUGCCAUCUUGCCUUCACGGCCAGCGAACCGAGCCAAUAGCGCUUCGCCUGCUCCUGCAACCUUCUCCUGGUCCACGCCGUCUGUCUCACCUCCACCACCAACGAGUUUGUCUGUAUCUCAGGGCAACAACAGAGCUGUCACACCCGACGACACCUUCUCAUCACUCAACUCCUCGUUUCCAGCCAUGAGUCCCGCCAAUCCAGGCAUCGGCAGUCCAACCUUCUCACAACAGCAGAACAGACCUGCAAUGGGCAUGAGCAGCAUGAUAUCGCAACCAACAGCAACACCCUCGUAUUCUGCACCCAGCUCUAGCGGUGUCGACUGGAGCAAAGCCAACAACACUUCUGUAUCAACAUGGGGGAGCUCCUCGAUGAGCAACACUAUGUCCAGUGGUCUCUCGAACUUCUCAACCAUAACGUCCUCUGCGCCUCAAGCUCAGCCUCAACGUCAAACGGCUGCCAGUCCGUACUCGGCAUUCAGCAUCGCGCCGCCGCCUGCGAAGCCUGUCAAUACUGGGACCUUCAGCAUUGCGCCGCCUACGAGCUUGGGGCAAAGUAGGAGCACGAGUGCGAAUGGCGGGUUGAGCAUGAACAGUAUGGACAGCAUGAAGGGUGGGAGUAUGAAUAAUAUGGCAGCGCUCAGAGCCCAGACGCAAAGUCAACAGAGUCAGAGACCACCCCAGAACCAGACGCAGCUGAACUGGGGAAAUGGCGAUAGUUUGAUAUAGACCGUAGCAGAUACCAGUGUAAAUUUGUGAAAGGCUGCCAUGAUGCCAUUUAAGUUCAAUUAGUUUACUACCAUGC